AUGGCGAAACGACUCUCAAACCUGUUCACUUCCACCGACAAGCCUCUCCCCGGCAUGCCCGUCUCAGGCUCGAACAGUCCGUCCUCUCCCCGUCGACACUCACCACCAAGUGCGGGAGCAGACUCUCGAUCCUCCAGCAGGCUACGCAAACCAGCUCCCGUAGCUGGCCCAGGUCAUGCACGUGGUGUAUCAGGUGAAUACCUGCGAGGCGGGCCACCUGCGCCGAGUCACGCAAGAGCCAGCAGUCACUCACGAGCAGGUUCUGGCCAAUACCUCGCAGAUGCCGAACCCUCACUGCCUUCAUUACACGACCUUCAAUAUGGAUCACCCAGCCCACUUCUCCCACCCCCACCAAUCGCAGCAGCUGGAGCACACCCGCGCUCUUCUUCUACCGACCGAUCACGACCUGGUACCCCGAGCUUUAGCAAUAAUUAUAGUAGACCUACAACUCCGAACCCUCAGCAUAUGCAAGGUCAGGCACCGAUGACGCCGCCUUCUGCACAGUCUGAGAAGAAGAAAGACAAGAAAGGGUUGUUUGGAAGAAGUAAGAAAGAUGGGCAUGCGGAGCGUGGGCCUGUGGCUUGGAUUGGAGGACAUCCUGAACGGCCACCAUAUGAGAUCAAUGGCUUGCUCAACGGCUUGCCUCUCCCGGAGAUGUGGGACGAGAGUGAGAAUGGGAAUUGCUUCGUCUACCUUUUCCCACAAGGGUCGCCAGGCAAGGGCGCGAGCUUCAGGAUCGACAGCGCAGUAUUCGCGGCGAGUCCGGUGCUCACUCGACUUGCCUUUGGCGAUAGACAUGGUCUGAAUGCGAGGACGCAGCAUUUGAGUCUGAACGAUCGAGCCGAGACGAUGAGUUCGAACUCGUCACGCGACUCGAGAGGUCGGUCGUCGAUGAUGUCGGAUGGUAGUGCGCAGGAUGUGCAUCUUUUCCUGCCGAUCAGACUUCACUCGACGGACCCAGCACCGACUGUACAGACUACACCUGGCAAGAAGGGCCGAGAAGCUCCCGUGCUGGAUACUGCAGCGGAGGAUCUACAGACUCUAGUCGAUAUACGCAACUUCUUCGCUUUUCUGAUCGGAGGACCUCUGGUCGCGACAGAGCGGAGGGCAAGCUGGUUCGCGAUCUUCAUGUCUAUCUCUGGUAUCCUCAAGACAUACGAGUUCAGUAAUGUAGAUGGAAGUACAUAUGGUGAGGUGGCGAGCGGCAGCUUCGAUGCAUACGUCGAAGAGCUUGGUCUAGGCGAUGUGCGCACGAGCCGAGAAACGACGAUCGACGGGAUCGUGCUCGGCGAGCGCAUGAAGAGCGUGUACUUGUACAACGAAGCUUUCACACAUGCGGUGGGCAAGCACGAGGAAAUACUUACACUGAAGAGUCCGAAAUGGGACUUGAUCAGUUCACUUACACAAAAUCGCCUCACGAGGGCGGCUAUGGAUCUCGAGAAGCGGGUGGCGUCUAUUCAGUUGGUCCUGAAGGAUUUCGAGUUUCCAUUCCUUUUCACCGGCAUCAUGAGCAGCAAGACGAGCGAUGAACGCAAAGAGGGUGUGCGGUUCGCUGAAUGGAAGGAUGCUUUCCUCGGCAUGCGCAAAUGGACGAUCGCGAUACUACAGCAGCGCUACGGCCACUGGCCACCGAAAGCCAGUUCCAAGAAGAACAAUCUCGAGACGAGCGGGUUGAGCAGGAAAGUGUUGAAGGAUCUGUACAGCGAUAUGAGUGCGAUUUACGACCUGAUGGUUGACAGGAGCAACCUCACGACACGAACAGUAGACGGCGUAGACCGCAGUCGUCGUGAUCAGGAGGAUGCGACAAUACGCGGCGUGAGAGCUGUCCUGAGCGAAUACGAUCGCUCGAGUCCACCAGUCAAACCUCCUGUUCCUUUCGAUCUUCCCAUAUUACCAAAUCUAAAAGCAACGAGAUCGGAUUUCGGCACGGGCGACAAGAAAAAGGAUCUCAAGUCCAUCCAAAAACGCCUCAAAGACGACGAAAUCGAACUCCUGCUCCGCGCGAGCUGGAAUCGCGAUGUGGUAGCCAGCACCAAUAAUCCCAACUCGGCUUUCGUGGAGGCUUUCCGCGACCUAGAGAGGAAGGCGGCGCAUCAUUGCACCAUUAGUGAGAUGGUGGAUCUGAGAGUCGGGCAGUGGAUUUUCAUGUAUGUCGUCCUACAAGCUCUACCCAUGCUUGCUUGUGAUGCUCCUGGGCUGCGGCAUAUGAAGGGCGUGGAGUACUUCUUGUGCGAACCGCCGCGGUCGGGGGUUCCGUGGGCUUCGAAUCCCAAUUCCAACUCCCAUACGGCUGCGCAGCAUCAUGCUUCCGGUAUGGGCGGUGUAGCGGGGAGGAAUACCUGGUUCUCUGUCGGCGACGGCGGUGGGGUUGUGAGUUUACCGAGUGAUCUGGUGGAACAUGGAGUCGAGGGGAUUUAUCGCAGGAGUCAUUGUUGGGUUUUGGCUGAGAGGUGGUCGGCGGGGAAUCCGAUUUUGAAUUCCGCGUUGCAUGAGCAGGAGGCUAUCAACGCGCGGCAGAGUGAGGCGUUGGGGGAUUCUGUGCCCGUGGGGCCACUGCCGGGUGUGUCUGUUUUACAGCCGCCGCCAUCGGGUGGUCUUGGGCCGGGCUAUGCUGGUGGUCCGGUCAGGAGUCAGUCUCCGUACUCCUCUCGUCCCGGCUCCUCCUCCGCCCUCUCACCCAUGCCCACGAAUACGAACAUGGGCACAGGAAUUCCCAUGCGUGACCCAAAGCGUUUGAGCAGUAUCGGCAUGGGUCUCGAAGCCCUCCCACUCCCGGCCGGCGUCUCGCCCGACGGCCGAGGGGCAGCGAAUGGUGGGAGUCCGGGUCCGGAUGGGAGACCGAGGAGCUCGCAGGGGUUUCAUAAGGUCGAUGCUAAUAAGACUUUUGAUGCGAUUUUGGGCGAGGUGGCGGGGCAGGGGGGUGGGAAGAAGGGAAGGAAGAAGUAG